AAUCAAACACGUGUGUUCAUCACGUCUUGCGUGUAACCAUGGCAUCAUCAGAAUUCACCGACUUCCUCUCAUAUCACGCCCUCAAAACACAGCAUGAUUUCUAAGUUCACCAAUCUUGGUAUCUUAAGCUCGGCUAUGGAUUUCAUAAACUUUUUCCUCAAUCUGGCGGUGCCGCCGGCUUGCUUGGUAAUGCUGGCUUUUGCAUGGCCUACUUUGUGCUUCAUCCGAGCAUGUGAACGCCUCUACAACACCUUGUACACCAUGGAAAAUAUGGAGGAUAAAGUAGUUAUAAUCACUGGAGCUUCUUCUGGAAUCGGAGAGCAAAUUGCAUAUGAAUAUGCAAAGAGGGGAGCAAGUCUUCUUUUGGUUGCUAGAAGAGAGGAUCGACUCCGGGGAAUUAGUGAGAAAGCACGACAUUUUGGUGCAAAGCAGGUCCUCAUCACAGCUGCAGAUGUUGUCAAGGAAGAUGAUUGCAGGAGAUUUGUUAAUGAAGCCAUAACUUACUAAGUUACUAUGGACGUGUGGAUCAUCUAGUGAACACAGCAAGUUUGGGACUGGUUUCCAUUGCCAAGAACGAGUCUAUAUUCUGUGAGUAUAUAAAUCAAGUAUGACAUAUUUGUUUAUCUUGUGUACUUGGUGGUUUGUUUUCUGUAGCAUUUUCAAGCAAUUAUGUAUAUAUCCUUAUGCCCCUCCUCCCCCAAAAUCUUCUCACUCAAACUUUGUAGGCUGCCAAAGCCGCUCUUGUAAACUUCUAUGAGACACUCAGAUUUGAACUGAAUGAAGAGAUUGGACUAAC